CGUGAAAUUUGGGAACCCCCCAAGGUGACGUCUUCUUGGGGUCUCAUUUCAUCACUUCGCUUCACGUUUCCCCCCACCCCUCCCAAGUGAAUCAACCAAUCCCCACGCCAGCGAGACGGAUGCACCACCACCCCACAGCAGCACUGGUACAUUCAUCCUCUCACACGCAUCAAUCUUCCUGCUUUUCCGGCAAGUUCGCCAUUUCUUGGUUCCUUGACGCGACAUACUUUCCAUUCGUUUGAAUCCGAUCCGCUAACUGCGGGUGCGCGAAUUUCUCUCCGCCGAUGGAUGACCUAGCGGCGAAGGCUAAGGAAUUUAUGAAGGGAUGGACGUCGCCCUUCGCGCAGCAGUCCAGCUUUCAGGGCCAGGGGCGGAAGCUCGGUGGCGGGGAAGGCUCGUCUGGCGGAGCGGGGGGGUCCCGCCCGCUGGGCGUUCCGCGGACCGGCGCAGCAGCGGGGCGGGCGCUGCAUGAGACGGCGGAGCGGCAGGAGCAGCUGCAGAAGCAGCAGAAGGAGGAGUGGCGGCAGCAGAUGCACCAGCGCUGGGCGGGAGGGGCACCGGAAGCGCCCGCGCAAGCGCAAGGACAGGGGAAGGCGCAGCAGGCGCGGGAGCAGCAGCUAUCACAACAGCAGCGCUCCCCUAGAUUUGUCGGGGGGGCUGGUGCGGGUGCGGGUGCUGGCGCUGGCGCUGGCGCUGGUGCGGGUGCUGGUGCGGGUGGUGGUGCCGGUGCUGGCGCCGGUGCUGGCGCUGCUGGUGCUUGGGGGGGUUCGCCUGUCAUUUCCUCCGCACCUCCAGCGGCGGUUUCGGCUGGAGCGGUGCGUGCCACGUGUCCCGUGUGCUCAGUGUUUUCGGGCAGCGAAGCUGACGUGGCGGCGCAUAUAGACGAGUGCUUGACGAGAGGGCUGGAGCGAUCCACGGCUGCAGACGAUGCGGGCGACGCGCUGGGGCGAGCACAGCACGCACAGACGGCAGCAGACGCAGCGGCGGAAGCGGCGGCUGCAGCAGCAGGGAGAGGCGCAGCGGAGAAGUCAAGGCCAUCAGAUUACCAAGGUGGGGGGAUGGAGGUGGAGAGCACGGACGGCGGGGCAGUGGAUGCAGCAGCACCUGCAGCACCACCUGCAGCACCUCCUGCAGCACCACCUGCAGCACCACCUGCAGCAGUAGCACCACCUGCAGCAGCAGCAGCAGCAGCGGCAGCAGCAUCGACAGGAGCAGUGGAGACGAUGUCUUCACCUGACCUCCACGAUGCGAUGGAGUCCGUGCACCAUGCUGCUGCCGUCGUGCUCUCCGCCGCACCCCCCACACCCACUCUCGACAUACUCACACGCAUCCUGCGCAACAUCGUAACGGACCCAGGCAACCCCAAGUUCAAGCGCAUUCGCCUGGGCAACCCACGAAUCGCGGACACGAUUGGAAGGGCAGCAGGGGCCAUGGACCUUCUGCAGGCUGUGGGAUUUGCUAUGGUGGAGGAGGCAGCGGAGGGGGGGGCUGCAGCGGGUGGGAGUGUGGUGGGGGGGGGUGUGGAGCGGUGGGCAGUGAUGACGGAUGUGAGGCUGGAGUUGAUCAAUGAGGCCGUGGAGGUGCUUACUGCUGUGGGUGGGCAGAGUAAUGCUCCUGCUUUCUCUGCUGCUCCUGCUGCUGUUGGGGGUGCUGCUGCUGCUGCUGGUGCGGGAGGGAGUGUUGAAGCAGGCGGUGCUGCUGCUGCAGCUGCAGCGACAGUGGAGGGAGGGGAGCAGGAAGCAGUGGCACCCAUGACCAGGAUUGAUCGCCAGGUGCGGUUGUUCCUGUCGACGGAGGAGAACAAGGCGGCGCGCAUCGAGGUGCCAGACUCCUUCUUUGACCGCACGGCGGAGGACGUGCGGCAGGAGGCGAUGGCGCGCAAGCGCGCGCAGGAGGGCGCGCAGCUGCUCAUGACGCGCGCUAUGCGCGAGCGGCAGGCCGCCGCGCUCAAGAGGAAGUACCGGGCUGCGAUCGUGCGGGUCAUGUUCCCAGAUGGGCUCGUGCUGCAGGGGGUGUUCCGACCCAGCGAACCCACGUCCGCACUCUAUGAGUUCGUGGCAGAGGCCCUCAGGGACCCCACGCAGGAGUUCCAACUCCUGCACCCCAUCCCCAUGGCUGGCCGCUCCCAGACCAUAUCGUCCGUGGCAGCAGGCGAGUCGGCGCCCAUGCCAUCGCUGGAGAGAGAGGAGCUGGUGCCCGCGUCACUCAUCAAGUUCCGCCCCGUGUGCCUCGGCCCCCCUGGGUACACCGGGCUGAGGAGAGAGCUCCUGGAGCAGGCGCAGCCGCUGACUGCUGUGCCCUUCCCGCCCCUGGACACGUCUAGGUAGAGGUGGGGGGUUCGCUGGUCGGUCAGUGCAACGGAGAGUUGAUGGCUACUGAAGUGCUGCUGCCCCCUUGUUUUAGAUGCUGCUUCCUGAUCCUGUGUGACCGGUUUUGCUUGGGUUUUGGACGGCUAAUACGGUAGGGAGGAGAAUCCAAUUAGUGGUACCGGUAGCGGUUUUGUAAAUGUGGAGUUGUAAGAGGUACUUGCUGUUAGAACUACAUUGUGCCAUACAAGGAGCUUUUGUGCUAUGG